AUGGUCCUUGAGAUUUUGAAUAUUUUUGUUGAGAGAAAGGGUCUGUACUCUGAUCCUGACAUGUUGUCUUGCAUGGGGUGGACAACGAUGUGCACUGGGCAAGCCCUCACUCUUGCACCAGAAAGAUGGGAUAUGAGGUUGGGGAAACAUUUACUCGUUGGUGUAAACAAAUAUGGUGCUAAAGAAUAUAGGAAAUUAAUUCAGUAA